CGCCGCCCGUCGGUUUCCCUACCCGCCCCUCUUCCUGCGUCUCUCCCUUCCUGCUCUUUUCUUGAUCUGCAACUCCGUCGCACUCAAAUGUCCGCUUCCCUCCUGCCUGCCUCGUGCUCUCGUGUAUUUCUUCCCUCCUCCUCUUCCCCUCAGGGAUCAUCGCUUCUUCUCCCAUUGUCUGCCCGUCCCUCGUUCUAACCCGCUCUCCCAGUCCCCUCCCGCUCUGCCCCUCCACCAGCCUCCCCUGCAACGCUCCAACAACCUCGCGUCUUCCCCGCUUCCCCGAGGCCGGAGUGCUGUUCUCUCCGGCCCUACGACAGACAGCAUGGCUGAAAGUUCGUUCCCCGCGACCAACACCCGGCUCCGCGUCGGCACCAAAGACGACAUGUCCGCCGCCUUUCAGAAGAUCUCCGAGGAGGAUGAAUAUGAGGUGACGUCACCAACCGACUCGACCUUUCGAUCCGCAAACGCCAACCCCGCUUCUGCCUCUUCCGCCAACGACCUCUUUGGCGGCAGCGUCUUUGGCGAAGCCACUGGAAGCGGGGGCGGUGGUGCCCCGGCUGGCGGGAUCCGGUUCACUAGAAGUCCCUUUGGAGGCCCCGCUGGAGACGGGGACGAGGAUCAGGAUUACAACGAUCUCCCCGAGGGAGACCGACCGACCGGAGGCUUGAACCAGGGUUUCCCGAAUAACUACGCGCUGGGCCGUCGCACGUCGGUCUCUGCCGAGUCCUUGAACCCGACGUCUGCCGGCUCCGAUAGCUGGGUGCCUCCCUACCACCACAAAUCCGAGGAGCAGCUGUCUCGCCUGAAGGUCGCGGUCAGCAACAACUUCCUCUUUUCGCAUCUGGACGAUGAUCAGUUCAAGACGGUGCUGGACGCCCUGGUGGAAAAGCCCAUCCCCGCCAAGGACAUCAAGGUGAUCUCGCAGGGCGACGCCGGUGACUAUUUCUACAUCGUUGAAAACGGCAACUUUGAUGUCCACAUCCAUCCGUCGGGCUCGGUGCAACCGGGUGUGGAUGGCAUGGGCAGUAAAGUGGGCUCGAUUGGUCCCGGAGGCUCGUUUGGAGAGCUGGCCCUCAUGUAUAACGCCCCUCGCGCGGCGACGAUCGUGUCCAUUGAGCCCAAGAGUACCUUGUGGGCCCUCGACCGCAUUACCUUCCGGCGGAUUCUGAUGGACUCGGCUUUCCAGCGCCGUCGCAUGUACGAGGCCUUCCUUGAGGAGGUUCCGCUGCUAUCGAGUCUGAAGCCCUAUGAACGGGCGAAGAUUGCCGACGCUUUGGAUGCGAUCAAAUUCCCCAGCGGCUCGACCAUCAUCACGGAGGGCGAUCCGGGUGACGCGUUCUAUCUUCUCGAGUCUGGCGAAGCGGAUGCUUUCAAGGCCGGCAUCGAGGGUCCGGUCAAAUCGUACCGGCGAGGCGACUACUUCGGAGAGCUGGCUUUGCUUGACGACAAGCCUCGAGCCGCCAGUAUCAUCGCUACGACAGAUGUCAAGGUGGCCAAACUGGGCCGCGACGGAUUCAAACGUCUACUUGGUCCGGUGGAACAGAUCAUGAGAAGAACCGAUUACGACUCAAGGCCCACAUCCUCGGCCGCGUGAAAUUAAUGGAUUGGGCGAAAAAAGAACAAAGAAAAUCAAUUUGAAAAAGAAGAGAAAAAAAAUAUUAUGCUACGAGCAGACGGUGUGUAUGUUUGUCAUUUACCAAUAUCUAUCUAUCCCUCGGUGACUUUGCAAUUGCCUUUUAUGUUUUGUGCUUGUACUUUUUUUUCUAUGCUACUUAAGGAGCCCAGAGGAAUUGGUGAAGGGAGCAUGUGGUUAUUUUCUUGUUUUUC